ACAUCAGUUACCGCGACCGACAUGUCCGCCAUGGUGGGCAUGAAGCGAAAUCGCGCGAUGUAUGAGGAACUAGGUGGAAGCCAGAUCGAAGGGAGCACUGCAUGCCAUGCAACAAAGAUGCAGAAACUGCGCAAAACUGCACGUGUCUCUUUCAACCCUUACGUCGUCUGCCGCAAUGUCGUAAUCGCUGAUGAUACAGAAUCCGACAUCGUUUCCGACAAUGGAGAACAGGUUGCUGCGCAACGUGACAUUAGCAUGUUCGAGGAUCUUGUCUGUGCCGUGAAGGAUCACGACGGAACUGUACUGGAGACUACCGUGGCGGGUCAGAUUGUGCAGGCAUACAUCAAGGACGCAAGCCUCAAGACGUGUCAGAAGAUGAUCGACUUUCUCGAGAGCAAGGGGUUGCUCGAUCUCAUUCUCAAGGUCAAGGCUUUGAUUCUUCACCUUAUCAUUCGGAUAGCUGAAAGGGGAUCCGCGGGGAUGUACAAGCCUUGUUAUUCUUUUCAUAGAUCCUCCAUCCCGAUGUUCUUUACUAUCUCCAAAGCUCUUCAUGCAGCAGCCUCGAGACUGCAGGAGCAAGCACAGAACCCGAACACAACAAGUUUUGUGAAAAGUUUUGAGUUGACACCAAUUGUAAAUAGUGUAAAUACCGAAUUUUCAGUAAAGGCAUGUUGAUCUGUUUAAA